AUGGCUUCCCUGGGGGAGGAGGUGCAGGACGGUUACAUGUACCCAGCCUGCGCCGCCUACUCAUACCCGUACCCUUACCCACCCAACGCCAAGGGCAAGGGCUUAGCGGGCGCGGGCGGCUGGCGGCCACGCGGCGGGGGCUACCCUCCCGCGCCCUCCUCCUCCUCCUCGGCCGGGGCUGCCCCGUCGUCCUUCCCCGGCUACGGGCAGCUGAUGGCCGCGGAGUAUUUCGACAACUACCAGCGGGCGCAGCUCAUGGCCCUCCUGGCGCAGGUGAGCCCCGGCCUGGCCCCGCGGCUCCGCAAAGCCAGCAGCCGGGACGCGGCCGUGCAGGUGAACCCGCGCCGCGACGUGUCGGUGCAGUGCUCGCUGGGGCGGCGCACGCUGCCGCGCAGGCCCCGCGACCCCGGGCCCCCGGCCAGCCCCUGCCCCGAGGGCGCGGCGGGCGGCGCGGCCUCUCUGCAGCCGGCCCGCGGGGGCCUCGAGCACGACAGCCCCCCGAGCGGCGGCCCGCGGCCCGUGCACUUCCCGCGCACCGUCGCGCUGUACUCGCCCGUGGUCUCCCGCCGCCUCACCACCUUCCUGGAAGGAGCCGAGACCGCGGCGGGCGAGCAGAGCCCUGGGGCCCCGGACGGAGAGCGAAGGCCGCCACCUCCGAGGCCCCGAGACGCCCAGCAGGGAGAGGGGUCGGCGAGGAGCGAGCCCCAACGGCCGCAGUCCCAGGAGGAGGAGGCGGCUGAGGCCGGGGCCGCGGUGCAGGCGAGCUGGGAGCCGCGGGAGACCCGGGGCGCCGAGGCUGCCCCGCGGAGCGCGUCCGGGAGCCCGGAACAGCCGCCGCCGGCACGGGGCGCCGAGGGCGCGAGGCCGUCUCUGCGGAGCCCGGAGCCGGGCAAGGAGCGCCUGCGCUUCCAGUUCUUGGAACAGAAAUAUGGCUACUAUCACUGCAAGGACUGCAACAUCCGGUGGGAAAGUGCCUAUGUGUGGUGUGUACAGGGCACUAACAAGGUUUACUUUAAGCAGUUUUGCAGAACUUGUCAGAAGUCUUACAACCCUUACCGAGUGGAGGAUAUUACCUGUCAAAGUUGUAAACAGACUAGAUGCUCCUGCUCAGUCAAACUCCGCCACAUUGACCCUAAACGGCCCCAUCGCCAAGAUUUGUGUGGGAGAUGCAAAGGCAAACGCCUGUCUUGUGACAGCACUUUCAGCUUCAAAUAUAUCAUUUAAAUGAGU